AUGAGCUCGUACGGCGAGUUGAAGGAAGCCGACUCACUCAACACAUUCAAUGCACCCGACACCUGGCCCGAUCCGCUCGGCCAACACCGUACUCGUCCUCUCACCUGCGUGUCGCUGGCCGUUACCGCUGCCGGUGGCACCGGCCGCUGGCCUGGCUGGACCACAGCCUUAAAGGAGACGCUUGCCGCUCGGGGAAUCCUGGAUGAGCUCAAGGCAAAAAUCAGGGCCGAGGUCUUCCGGUCGCUGGAAGAUGAUCUCCAGCCGCGACCAGCGCCGGCACAUGAAACGCAGACGAUCAACGGCCUGAUCCGGGAGUAUUUGGAGUGGAACGGAUUCCGCCACUCGCUCUCGGUCUUUGAACUGGAGACCGGAUCGGUCAACUCUGAGUCUCCAACCCGCGAUCAGCUCUGUGAAGAGUUUGGACAAGAUCCAGGUGUCUUCAACGACCCGAGCCGAAAGCACCGGCCAUUGCUAUACGACCUAGUCUACCAGAACUCCAAAGCUCCAUUGACAGGCGCGAGAACACUCGAGACGAGAUCCAAACUGCCAGGCCGAAUCAUGAGCGAUGCGCCUGAGCCGCUCUCGCUGGAUCACGAUGUGUUUGAAGUGAGAAAAUAAAGCUGGACAGCCCACAAUCGCAACGGA